UGCGACUAAAAGUCAAACUGUUAUCAAACAAACUGUCAGUUGAUGUUUAGCCGGUCGAUUUUGUCUACGUCGAUAAGAAAAUUAUGUUUUUUUUCUAAUUUUGGCACACUCUAGAGCCCAUUGGCAUGAUAAUCUAAAAUCCCGCAAACCAAAGCGCGAAUUUCCACAAGAAACCGUUUCCUAUCGGCUAUUAUUUACUCGCAACUUGCAAUUUAACCUCUCUGUGUGUGUGGGGGCGUUAGAAUGUGGCUAUUGGACAAAAAAGGGGCCCAGGGCAAGAAGCAGGAAACUCUGCUGACCAUUUCCAUUCUAUCCCUGGCUGCUGUGCUGUCGUUCGCUACCAGACUAUUUUCAGUGCUCCGCUUCGAAUCAGUGAUUCACGAAUUUGAUCCGUAUUUCAACUAUAGAACCACGAAGUAUUUGUCAGAGAACGGGUUCUAUGACUUCCACAACUGGUUCGAUGAUAGGGCUUGGUACCCCUUGGGGAGAAUUAUCGGUGGGACUAUUUAUCCAGGCCUGAUGUUAACUUCGGUGUUCCUGUUCAGAGUGGCGCAGUUCCUGCACAUCGACAUAGACAUCAGGAAUGUGUGCGUUUUUUUGGCGCCCCUGUUCUCCUCGUUCACCACCCUGAUCACCUACAUGCUCACUAAAGAGAUUUUUGAUAAAGGAGCCGGCCUGAUGGCCGCAGCCUUUGUGGCAAUAGUUCCCGGUUACAUCAGCCGCUCAGUGGCCGGCAGCUAUGAUAAUGAGGGCAUAGCGAUUUUCUGCAUGCUGCUCACUUACUACACCUGGAUCAAGGCUGUGAAGACCGGCACAGUGAGAUGGGGCACCUUGACAGCUCUAGCUUACUUCUACAUGGUGUCCUCCUGGGGCGGCUACGUGUUUCUAAUCAACCUGAUUCCGCUUCAUGUGCUCACCCUGAUAGUGACUGGCCGGUUUUCCCAUCGAAUCUACGUCGCAUACAGCACUUUGUACUGUGUGGGGACCAUUCUGUCCAUGCAGGUGGCCUUUGUGGGUUUCCAGCCAGUGCAGAGCUCUGAACACAUGCUGGCGCUGGGAGUGUUUGGGCUCUGCCAAAUACUGGCUUUUGUGGACUACUUGAAGAGCAAGCUGAGUCCUGCGGAUUUUCGGGCGCUGUGGACGUUCGCCCUUAGUACUUUGGGCGCUUUAUUCGCCUUGGGGUUGAUCCUGUUGUCGUUCAGCGGGAAAGUGGCCCCUUGGACGGGGCGUUUCUACGCCCUUCUGGAUCCCUCCUACGCCAAGAACCACAUUCCCAUCAUCGCCUCGGUUUCCGAGCAUCAGCCCACUGCGUGGUCUUCGUUUUUCUUCGACCUGCACGUACUUACCAUGCUGCUGCCUGCCGGUCUCUAUCUCUGCUUUAAGGACCCCAGUGACUCCAAGUUCUUCCUUGCUCUGUAUGGGGCGACUGCUGUCUACUUUGCCGGAGUGAUGGUGCGUCUGAUGCUGGUGCUGGCGCCAGCGGCGUGCGCCCUAUCGGGAGCCGGUCUCAGCCGCCUUUUAGGGAGAUUCUUCAACCCAGCGCCCACCACCCAGAGGCGUCAAAAGGGCGCCAAUCAGAGCGAGACCAAGAACGCGGGAGGAGCAGCUUUUGCCGCCCUUUCCAUUGCCAUCCUCAGCGUCUACACAAUGCACUGCACUUGGGUGACAAGCGAAGCCUACAGCUCUCCUUCCAUUGUUUUGAGCGCCCGCGCCCAUGACGGCUCUCGGAUCAUCUUCGACGACUUUAGAGAGGCCUACGGCUGGUUGAAGAGCAACACGCCAGAGGAUGCUCGCAUCAUGUCUUGGUGGGACUACGGCUACCAGAUAACUGCAAUGGCCAACCGGACCGUGCUGGUUGAUAACAACACGUGGAACAACACGCACAUCAGUCGGGUGGGACAAGCGAUGGCCAGUGGCGAAGAAAAGGCGCUGGAAAUCAUGCGCGAGCUCGACGUGGACUAUGUGCUAGUGAUCUUUGGCGGACUUACCGGCUACUCCUCGGACGACAUCAACAAGUUUCUGUGGAUGGUGCGCAUUGGAGGAAGCACGGAGAAGGGAAAGCACAUCCACGAGUCGGACUACUACUCGCCUACUGGCGAGUUCCGAGUGGACAAAGAAGGCGCGCCAGCCCUCCUCAAUUGCCUCAUGUACAAGAUGUGCUACUAUCGCUUUGGCAAGGUGCACACUGAGGGCGGCAAGCCGCCCGGCUGGGACCGAGUUAGAGGUGCGGAAAUCGGCAACAAAGACUUCGAGCUGGAUGUGUUGGAAGAGGCCUACACGACCGAGCAUUGGCUGGUUCGCAUCUACAAGGUGAAGGACCUGCCCAAUCGGGGGUCGCUGUAAAACCCUACCUUUCCCAGUUGCUUAAGGAGGGGAUAAGUCUCAGGAGGAUGUUAAGGUCCAAGGGUUGUCUGGGAGGGACCAAGCAAGCAAUAGUCGCUCGGCGUGUUUUCCCAAUGUUUCGAUUAACGUUAAUUGAUAGGAACCGUCGCUCAAACAACGCAAAUUCAAAUAUUUUUGUAAUUUUUUUAAAAUUGUUUCAUUUUUUACAUUAAACACAAUCUUUGCUUGGUCAA